CCCGCCGGCGGCAGCCUGGGCGCUUCCUAGUCAGCGCGGGCGGCCGCCCAGGCGAGGUGCGGCCUCCGCACAGGCGGGGGGCGUCGGCGCCGCGGGGCCCGCCAUGGCCGCGUCCGAGCUCUACACAAAGUUUGCCAGGGUUUGGAUACCUGAUCCAGAGGAAGUUUGGAAGUCAGCAGAGCUGCUCAAAGAUUAUAAGCCAGGAGAUAAAGUCCUCCUGCUUCGCCUUGAGGAUGGAAAGGAUUUGGAAUAUCGUCUAGAUCCAAAGACCAAGGAGCUGCCUCACUUAAGAAACCCUGACAUACUUGUGGGUGAAAAUGACCUCACAGCCCUCAGCUAUCUUCAUGAGCCUGCUGUGCUCCACAAUCUCAGAGUCCGCUUUAUUGAUUCCAAACUUAUUUAUACAUAUUGUGGUAUAGUCCUAGUAGCUAUAAAUCCUUAUGAACAGCUGCCUAUUUAUGGAGAAGAUAUUAUUAAUGCAUAUAGUGGUCAGAACAUGGGUGAUAUGGAUCCACAUAUCUUUGCAGUAGCUGAAGAAGCUUACAAGCAAAUGGCCAGAGAUGAACGAAAUCAGUCCAUCAUUGUAAGUGGAGAGUCUGGGGCAGGAAAAACAGUCUCAGCUAAGUAUGCCAUGCGAUACUUUGCAACAGUGAGUGGUUCUGCCAGUGAAGCCAAUGUUGAGGAAAAGGUGUUGGCCUCCAACCCCAUCAUGGAGUCAAUCGGAAAUGCUAAAACAACCAGGAAUGAUAAUAGCAGUCGUUUCGGAAAGUAUAUCGAGAUUGGUUUUGACAAGAGGUAUCGAAUCAUUGGUGCCAAUAUGAGAACUUACCUUUUAGAGAAGUCCAGAGUGGUGUUCCAGGCAGAAGAGGAGAGAAACUAUCAUAUCUUCUACCAGCUUUGUGCCUCGGCAAAGUUACCUGAAUUUAAAAUGCUGCGAUUAGGAGAUGCGAAUAACUUUCAUUAUACAAUGCAAGGUGGCAGCCCUGUGAUUGAAGGAAUUGACGAUGCCAAGGAGAUGACACAAACCAGGCAGGCCUGCACUUUACUAGGAAUUAGUGAAUCUUAUCAGAUGGGAAUUUUCCGAAUACUUGCUGGCAUCCUUCACUUAGGCAAUGUUGGAUUUACAUCUCGAGACUCAGACAGCUGCACAAUACCUCCCAAGCAUGAACCUCUCAGCACCUUCUGUGACCUCAUGGGUGUGGACUGUGAGGAGAUGUGUCACUGGCUCUGCCAUCGGAAGCUGGCUACUGCCACGGAGACGUACAUCAAGCCCAUCUCCAAGCUGCAGGCCACGAACGCCCGCGAUGCCUUGGCCAAGCACAUCUAUGCCAAGCUCUUUAACUGGAUUGUAGAUCAUGUCAAUCAGGCCCUCCACUCUGCUGUCAAACAGCACUCUUUUAUUGGCGUGCUGGACAUUUAUGGAUUUGAAACAUUUGAGAUAAACAGUUUUGAACAGUUUUGCAUAAAUUAUGCAAAUGAAAAACUCCAGCAACAAUUCAAUAUGCAUGUCUUCAAAUUAGAACAAGAGGAAUAUAUGAAGGAACAAAUUCCAUGGACACUCAUAGAUUUUUAUGAUAAUCAGCCUUGCAUUAAUCUUAUAGAAUCUAAACUGGGCAUUCUAGAUUUGCUGGAUGAGGAAUGCAAGAUGCCUAAAGGUACAGAUGACACUUGGGCCCAGAAAUUGUACAACACGCAUUUGAAUAAAUGUGCGCUCUUUGAGAAGCCCCGUCUAUCAAACAAAGCUUUCAUCAUCCAGCAUUUUGCUGACAAAGUGGAAUACCAGUGUGAAGGCUUUCUGGAAAAGAAUAAAGACACUGUUUUUGAAGAACAAAUUAAAGUUCUGAAGUCAAGCAAGUUCAAGAUGCUACCAGAAUUGUUUCAAGACGACGAGAAGGCCAUCAGUCCAACCUCAGCCACCUCUUCAGGGCGCACGCCCCUCACCCGCACUCCUAUAAAGCCCACCAAAGGCAGACCAGGCCAGACAGCCAAAGAGCACAAGAAGACGGUGGGGCACCAGUUCCGAAACUCCCUUCACCUGCUUAUGGAGACCCUGAAUGCCACAACCCCUCACUAUGUGCGCUGUAUUAAGCCUAAUGACUUCAAGUUCCCGUUCACGUUUGAUGAGAAGAGGGCAGUGCAGCAGCUGAGAGCAUGCGGAGUCCUGGAAACCAUCCGAAUCAGCGCAGCAGGUUUCCCCUCUCGGUGGACUUACCAAGAAUUUUUCAGCCGCUACCGUGUCCUAAUGAAGCAAAAAGAUGUGCUAAGUGACAGAAAGCAAACAUGCAAAAAUGUUUUAGAGAAAUUGAUACUGGACAAGGACAAGUACCAGUUUGGGAAGACAAAGAUCUUUUUCCGAGCGGGUCAAGUGGCCUAUCUAGAAAAACUGAGGGCAGACAAGCUGCGGGCUGCCUGCAUCCGAAUCCAGAAGACGAUCCGAGGGUGGCUGCUGCGGAGGAAGUACCUGCGCAUGCGCAAGGCCGCCGUCACCGUGCAGAGAUACGUGCGAGGCCACCAGGCCCGCUGCUAUGCUAAGUUCCUGCGCAGAACCAAGGCAGCAACCACCAUUCAGAAGUACUGGCGCAUGUUUGCAGUCCGCAGGAGAUACAAGAUCCAGCGGGCAGCAACGAUCGUUCUUCAGUCUUAUUUGCGAGGCUACUUGGCCAGAAAUAGGUAUCGCAAGAUACUCCGUGAGCACAAAGCAGUCAUCAUUCAGAAGUGGGUCCGGGGCUGGAUGGCUCGCACCUACUACAAGAGGAGCAUGCACGCCAUCAUCUACCUGCAGUGCUGCUUCCGGCGCAUGAUGGCCAAGCGUGAGCUGAAGAAGCUGAAGAUCGAGGCCCGCUCCGUGGAGCGCUACAAGAAGCUCCACAUCGGCAUGGAGAACAAGAUCAUGCAGCUGCAGCGCAAAGUUGACGAGCAGAACAAAGACUACAAAUGCCUCAUGGAGAAACUGACCAAUCUAGAAGGCAUAUACAACUCUGAGACUGAGAAACUACGAAGUGACUUAGAACGUCUUCAGCUAAGUGAGGAAGAAGCUAAGAUUGCCACCGGGCGGGUCCUCAGUCUGCAGGAAGAAAUUGCCAAGCUCCGGAAAGACCUGGAACAAACUCAGUCAGAGAAAAAAUCCAUUGAGGAGCGUGCUGAUAGAUACAAACAAGAAACUGAGCAGCUGGUAUCCAAUCUGAAGGAAGAAAAUACUUUGCUGAAGCAGGAAAAAGAGGCUCUCAAUCACCUCAUUGUGGAGCAGGCUAAGGAGAUGACAGAGACUAUGGAGAAGAAGCUAGUAGAAGAAACAAAACAACUGGAACUUGAUCUUAAUGAUGAAAGGCUGAGAUAUCAGAACCUUCUGAAUGAGUUCAGUCGCUUAGAAGAACGAUAUGAUGACCUCAAGGAAGAGAUGACAUUGAUGGUGAAUGUGCCUAAGCCUGGACAUAAGAGAACAGACUCCACCCACAGUAGCAAUGAGUCUGAAUACACCUUUAGCUCUGAAAUUGCAGAAACAGAAGACAUCCCAUCAAGGACCGAGGAACCAAGUGAGAAGAAGGUGCCUCUGGACAUGUCGUUGUUCCUCAAGCUCCAGAAGCGGGUCACAGAGCUGGAGCAGGAGAAGCAGGUGAUGCAGGAUGAGCUGGACCGCAAGGAGGAGCAGAUGCUCCGCAGUAAGGCAAAGGAAGAAGAAAAACCACAAAUCAGAGGUGCUGAACUAGAAUAUGAGUCACUCAAGCGUCAAGAACUAGAAUCAGAAAACAAGAAGCUGAAAAAUGAACUGAAUGAGUUACGCAAGGCCCUUAGUGAGAAAAGUGCCCCAGAGGUGACCGCUCCAGGGGCACCAGCCUACCGAGUCCUCAUGGAGCAGCUGACCUCUGUGAGUGAGGAGCUCGAUGUCCGCAAGGAAGAAGUCCUCAUCUUGAGGUCUCAGCUGGUGAGCCAGAAAGAGGCCAUCCAACCCAAGAAUACGAUGACAGAUUCCACAAUACUUUUAGAAGAUGUACAGAAAAUGAAAGAUAAAGGUGAAAUAGCACAAGCAUAUAUUGGUUUGAAAGAAACAAACAGAUCACCUGCUCUGGAUUGCCAUGAGUUGAAUGAGGAUGGAGAGCUGUGGCUGGUUUAUGAAGGGUUAAAACAAGCCAACAGGCUCCUGGAGUCACAGCUGCAGUCACAGAAGAGGAGCCACGAGAAUGAGGCCGAAGCCCUCCGUGGGGAGAUCCAGAGCCUGAAGGAGGAGAACAACCGGCAGCAGCAGCUGCUGGCCCAGAACCUGCAGCUGCCGCCGGAGGCCCGCAUCGAGGCCAGCCUGCAGCAUGAGAUCACCCGGCUCACCAAUGAGAACCUGUAUUUUGAGGAAUUAUAUGCAGAUGACCCUAAGAAGUAUCAAUCAUACCGGAUUUCACUUUACAAACGGAUGAUUGAUUUGAUGGAACAACUUGAAAAACAAGAUAAGACUGUCCGGAAACUGAAAAAACAACUGAAAGUAUUUGCCAAAAAAAUUGGUGAACUGGAAGUGGGCCAGAUGGAGAACAUAUCUCCAGGACAGAUCAUCGAUGAACCCAUCCGUCCAGUCAACAUUCCCAGGAAAGAAAAGGAUUUCCAAGGAAUGCUGGAAUACAAGAAGGAAGAUGAGCAAAAACUUGUUAAGAACCUGAUUCUGGAAUUGAAGCCACGUGGGGUAGCAGUCAAUUUGAUUCCAGGGUUACCAGCGUAUAUCCUGUUUAUGUGCGUUCGACACGCUGACUACCUGAAUGAUGAUCAGAAAGUAAGGUCGUUGCUAACAUCAACAAUUAACAGCAUCAAAAAAGUAUUAAAGAAAAGAGGUGAUGAUUUUGAAACUGUCUCCUUCUGGCUCUCUAACACAUGCCGAUUUUUGCACUGUUUGAAGCAGUACAGCGGAGAAGAGGGCUUUAUGAAACACAACACGUCUCGCCAGAAUGAACACUGCCUCACCAAUUUUGACCUGGCUGAGUACCGGCAGGUGCUAAGUGACUUGGCCAUUCAGAUCUACCAGCAGCUCGUGCGGGUGUUAGAGAACAUCCUUCAGCCAAUGAUCGUGUCUGGCAUGCUGGAGCAUGAAACCAUUCAGGGCGUGUCUGGGGUGAAGCCCACAGGACUAAGAAAGCGAACCUCUAGCAUUGCUGACGAGGGCACCUACACACUGGACUCCAUCCUGCGGCAGCUCAACUCCUUCCACUCGGUCAUGUGUCAGCAUGGCAUGGACCCCGAGCUGAUCAAGCAGGUGGUCAAGCAGAUGUUCUACAUCGUGGGGGCCAUCACCCUGAACAACCUGCUCCUGCGGAAGGACAUGUGCUCCUGGAGUAAAGGCAUGCAGAUCAGGUACAAUGUCAGUCAGCUAGAAGAGUGGCUGCGUGACAAGAAUCUGAUGAACAGUGGAGCUAAGGAAACCCUGGAACCUCUCAUUCAGGCUGCUCAGCUUUUGCAAGUGAAAAAGAAAACAGAUGAUGAUGCAGAAGCCAUUUGUUCCAUGUGCAAUGCUCUAACUACUGCCCAGAUUGUCAAAGUGUUGAAUUUGUAUACUCCAGUUAAUGAAUUUGAAGAAAGAGUCUCUGUAUCAUUUAUUCGUACUAUACAGAUGCGUUUACGAGACAGGAAAGACUCCCCUCAGCUGCUCAUGGAUGCUAAACACAUCUUUCCUGUCACCUUUCCUUUUAACCCAUCCUCCCUCGCGCUAGAAACCAUCCAGAUUCCAGCCAGCCUGGGCCUGGGAUUCAUAUCACGGGUCUGAAAAUGAUAUCACGGCAAACAUUGACAAUGCAUUUCUUGCCUGAAAUAAGAACCCGUUAUUUCAAGUGAGCUACUGAAAACACAUUUUUAAAGAGAUAGUACUGAUCAUCUCCCAAACAAGGGGUUAUUGACUGGAAAUCUCCCUGGAAUACUUUCCAUCACCGUGGAAAGGAAGAUAGGCUCCUUCGUGUUGUGUUACCUUUAUAACAACACUCAUCCUUGGUCAGUUAGGUAUCCGCAGUUGAAUGACAGAAGGAAGGAAAAAAAUGUGUCUUCAGCUGACAGCAUUUAUUUUAAAUACUUACCACGGCAUCUGAAUGAUAUAAAAAAAAACCACAUAAAUUCCAAAUAUGAGCUGUUGUUAGGAAGGCACCAACAAGGAACCUCCCGUGCACUAACCAGAAGAACUGAAAGGAAAAAUUACCAUUGAGUACAUACCGUGUCAUUUUAGGAAUCAGUUAUGUUGAUACUGUCAAAGAGGAACAAAGAAAUAAACUGGCAAUAUGUAAAGUAAAUGGUCCAGUAGCUCCCUUCUAUGUGUCACUAUGAUGUAGAGAUAUUAAGAGAAUGUUGGUUUGCUAUAGCGCAUGGAAGUCUGUCUAUACCGUAGUUUACUGAGCAUUUCAAAUUGCUGCUACAUACUACGUUCUUUAAAAUGUAAGUGGUAUUCAUAUUAGACACUACAAUGAUAAGCUUCUCUUUUAUCAACUCUGUUUACAGUUCAAUCAGAUCACAGUUUUAACUGGAUUAUGUGCACAUAUCUACAGAUCCACCUGCACGAGUGGCAGACACUGGGCAGUCACGAGGUAACAUGACAGAAGUUGACAUUUAGGGCUAGGAUUAUGCAGGGUGGCUAUUGCUGAUGUCAUUUAUUCGGAAUGUGUUACAUUGAUGUGCUCAUUAAUUUUCCCUGGUGGGUAUCACAUCAGGGUUCUGUGUUCUGUGACAUGACUGAUUUUUAGUUACCAGAUCUGAUUCCUGCAGUGUAUAUCUUCAACCUUGACAGGGUUUCUUUCUUCUUAAUUUAUUAAGAAUUAAUCUCAGUCACUAUCUAGAGAGGAUUAUCAGAGUUUUCAUGAUUUAGGUCUUAUUUUAUAAAUUAUGCAAAAGAAAGUAUAUCGUAAGUAAUUAUGAUUCAGUUUUUUUUAGGCUUUAUAACUUCUAUAAAUGUCCUCAGUACCACUAGAUACUUUAAAGAGCAUCAUAUUAGAAAUACUGUAAGACCUAUACAAAAAUAUAAGAAGAUUGCUGAAUUUUACAGAGGAUUUGGUUUAUUAAGACCCAGAUUCUGUAAGUUUUCAUCCUGAAAUCCCAGUUAAACACAUUCUCCAUUUUUCCUACAAAUCUUAUUCAAUAAGUGUUUCAGGUUGUGCUAAAGCAAAUUCUUAGCUUUCAUUAGAAACUCUGGUUCUGAAUUACAAUCAUAGAUUUAUAUAACUUAACUGUUAGUUGAUCUACAAAAAUGACAUCUUAUUAAAAUACAUGCAAUAUUAUUAAUGGAAGUAGAACAUUUUCAAAUCAGUGAUAAAGAUUGUUAUUAAAAGAUAAAUACUGUCUGUUAACUUAUUUGGGCCUCAGAUUCCUCAUUUAUAUAAGGAGUGUUAGCUAUUUCUUAAGGUCCCUUCCACAUCUAAAGUUCUCUCCCCUCAAUACUUGGACCGUAGAGAAACGAGCUGCAGUUACUCAGUCAGGUUAUCCCCUGGUGGAAAGACUGGUGUUUGGUGCCUGUUAAUUCUGACAGAUUAGUAAAAUGUAAAAUCACAGGUUUGUGUAGCUAUAAUAUUUCUUAAAUGUACAUUUCCUUACAUGCUUUUAGAAAGUUAAUUAGUUUAGGUAAUUUUUACUGAAUCGUGAACUGCUCUAUUCAGGUCAGAUACAUUUAUUCAUUUGUAAAACAACCAAAACCACUACUAAUUCCAUCAGAUUCUCUCAGUUUUCCCUGGUUGUCCAUGUGGUUUUCAGUGAACAAUGAACUGUUGAAAACAUUUGGUUAGUACUGAAUGCAUCAGAGUCUAAGAGCUUAGAUGGGACUUGGGUGGGAGAGAAGCCCCAAAAAUGCCACCGUGCUUGCAGGCGCUGCCCCUCAGCCCUAGAAAUCCUCCCAGGCCCUCUCCCAGCUCGGCCCUCGGCAGCAUGUUCUUGCACACUCUGAGUCUUGGCGGGUCUUCAAGGUCACACUUCAGCUUCCGCUGCCAUUGCAGCCCCCUUAUCUUUCCCCCAGACAGCUCGUGUCCUGAAGUGUGUCUCGUCUGGGUCUUUCUCUCCCUCCUGUCACCCAUCUUUCUGCUGCAAAGUGCUGGAGCCUCUGUUCCACUCCUGGGCCAGAGUCUGCUGUCUCGGGGAUGGCCACACAAAAGAUUAUUUUUUGUGGUAUUUCAGGGCUCACCCCAGCUUCCCCAAGGCCCACCCAGAACCCCAGGUGGGGAUCUGAAUUAAUUUCUCUUAGUGGCCCGAAGAUCUUUGGUCAUAACAAAAAUACCUUACAACCAGGGAACCCCAAGUCCUGGAAAGUCACUCUGUGUACUACUUUCUUGCGAAUGCAAGAUAUACUGCUGACUGUGGGUAUCUUUUGGCCACUUGGAGGACUGCUCACCCUUCCAUCUGUCCAUCCACACUUUCUCACCCAGCUUCAAACACAUCUCCACCAGCCCUCCAGUCCAUCCACCACCCAUUUAUCUGUUCACUCUUCCCCUUCCCUCAAGCAAACCAUGUAUCCCAUCACCUGUCUACUCACCUGCUCUGACUGCAUUGAAGGCAGUGGAUGGAGUUAGUCCUCAGCUGCCCUGUUGGCCUGCCAGGCCAAUCUUUGCACAGGUUCUUGUCACUCUUACUUCUCCACAGUACAGCCUUUAGCAUUAUCACUGAUUUGCUUUUUCAUAAUUCCUCUUUGACACCCAAUAGGAAUUCAAAGAAAGAUCUUGAAAAAACAACGGUUCAUUGUCUCAAUAGCCCCUUCUCAGCAGUCUCCUCCCCACUCACCUUACAGAGAUUCAGCUCACACCUUGGAAAGCGAAGCUGAAAAAUUAGAAGUUUUCCUUCUUGUAGCUUUUCUUAGGUUAAGGCAUUGCUCUGCCUGAGAGUAACUAUAAUGAACGAGGAAGGUGAAUGUGGGGUAAAAUCCAUGAAGUAUAGCUUCAUGAUUCCUUUCGAAGUUUUAAAAAUUCCCCAUGUACCUGACACUUUCAUCAACUGCAUAUAUAUAUUGCAUAUAAAUAUAUAUUCCAAAGCCAACUGAUAGGAGAUGUGGGGACUGGGGUCAGUUUGCAUCAUUUGCUUUUUUUAUUUGCUUCAUUACAAUGGAUAAUUGAGAGUUGCCUCUUUCUGGGUGAGUAAUGUAUAAUACAGAUCAAGUCUUUUAAUAACAAUGGCAGGGGCUAUGAAAAUAUUUUAUUCUAUUAGAAUUUCAGUAUAGUGAUUGUUGUGAGAAAUUGGUUUCCUGGUAACUCUAGGUAAAGGGGCACCUGCCACCACCCUGCGAUGUCCUCACAGGCUCUCUCUGACACACACACACACACACACACACACACACACACACACACACACACACACACACACACACACACACACACACACACACACACACACACACACACACACACACACACACACACACACACACACACACACACACACACACACACACUGCAGUAUGUGGAGUUCCCCAGAGGCAUAAUCAAGGACUCUCUGCGUAAGUUCAACUAUUUGGAAUAAAACAGAAAGCAAAACUUCAUGUGUGGCCCUUCAGUUCUGGUGAAAGGUAGUGUAGAAACAGUACCGUGUGUCAGGCUCUGCUUUACUUCAAUGUGCUUUCUCUGUGUGACCCAAUGUGUCCUCACAGCAGCCCCAGAAGGUAAGAAGGGGAGCUACUGCCAUUCUUUGCUGAUGAUAACUUGAGAGAGAGAGAGGUCAGCGCCUUGCCUAAGGUCACUCGGCCCUCCAGCUGUGCAGUUGUACCACAUGCAGCAGUGGCAGCGAAGGCACAUGGGGACAGGAGACUUUAAAAAGUCAUGGGUACCAUUCUCUGCUUCCUGGUACCCAUGCGGUGCCCUGACUCAGCAAGAGAUGCUCUGUUUCCUUAUCAGAGUUGGCAACUGGCAGGUGGAAGCUCUAAGUGCCGAGCACCGAGUUCUUGGAGCUAACGAGAUGGGGCGCCUAGUGGUUUCCUUUCUGUGGUAGUUACCUGCUGUAACUAGGUUUGACGGCCGCUCCCCACCCCCCACCGCCCCGGAGGGUGCAAUACUCUGGGUUUUGGUCAUUAAGCAACAGCACGCAGUCCCAGCCUGACAGGAAGCCUGAAAGCCUCCCAAGAGUUAAAAAGAAGGUCACUCUCAACACGCAGCCCUCAGAGUCCCCGUCAGAGCCCCCAGGUGGGCUGGGCAGCCUGCAGGGAAGCUGCAGCCGCGGGCCGAGCCCCUGGGUCCCCUCUGAGGGCCGUCGUCCCUGGCGGGCAGGCGCAUGCCAGUCAGUCAGUGUGUGUGAACAUGACCGUGUGUGCAUGCUGCUGGUGCUGCCUUUGGAGCCAGAUGUGCUGUGUGCCCGUGCGCAGAGGGGCUCUGUGUGUAGAUAAGUGCUUUGUGAUUUCUUCUCAGGCUGCGCUGUGGGGGCCGCCUUAACCCCUGCUCCCUUUCCUCCUAGUGCUGCCUUAAGUUCUCUGGAACUUCUCCUCUGUGAAGGGGAUGUCCUGCCUGGAAAGGCUAUCUUGCCCAGUUUCUCAAGGUGUUGUGAGGGUUUGGGUGGGUGCAGCCUCCUUUCUUCCUUUAUUCCCUUUCCCCGUGACCCCAGCAGCCGCCCCGGCCCUUCCUGUUACUUCUCCUUCCUUUCUUUUCCCUUAUUUCCAAACAGGUAAGAGAGAGAACUCUGAGGCAGCAACAAUCUCAGAGCCAGUGAAAUGUGGGCUUAGAGAGUGUUCUUGAGUUUGGGGGCUCUGUCACAAAUAAGCAAAUGAACAUGUGGGAAAAUGCAGGAUAAGUUAGAUUCUUGGUAAUACUUAAAUGGCUUGCUUUCCGCCGACCUUUUCUUUGUGAAGCUAAAGGGUACAACUGUAAAACCUUUCACGGACAUUAGUUAAAAAAAAUUUUUUUAAGAACCUUUUGCUACAUAAAAGAUGGAGUAAAAUCAAGAAAGAGUGCUAGAAAGUCUAAUCCACUGUAUUACCCUAAAUUAAAUCAACCUGAAGCUACGGUAGUUUUCUCAAUAGAUCAGGAACUUAAAAGCACUAUGUAAAAUAGCUGCCAAAAUGCAUUUUAUACAUUCUUUUAUUUUAUAAUUUGGUCCAGCUGAAAUGUUCAUGAGCUCAAUUUAAUGGGUGUUAUUAGAUUCAUAAAAUGCCUGAAAAUGACUAACAGAUUGUUAGUACUGUAUUGUUGCUUGAAGUACUUGAAAGAAAAAUGUUUUUUGCAUUGAAACUGGUGUGUAUAAUUCAAUGCUUAGUAGGUCAGUUCACUUGCAAGCAUUUUUCAGAGUCAGUAGUUUCAAAUAUCUUAUUGUUACUAUAUUUUUUAAAGUUUUAGCUUACAUUUCAGGCUCUUUACAUCACUUGAGCCAUUUAAUUUUUUCCAACAAAUGGUGAGUUUUUCCUUUAAAUGUGGAUACAUGUGUUAUAAUUUAUGAUUCCUAGUUAUGUAUUUUUGUGGAAGCCUAGAGUAAUGUUACCUUUCUUGUGUCCUUGGAAAAUUUAAAUUGCUCUAACAAUGUUGCACAGAAAUGAGCUUAUGACAUAUAGUGUAUUGUAUUUUACUUACUAACUUUAAUUGUUAAUUUACUGUGAAAUGGAUAUGCCUUUUAACUACCAUGAUAUUGAACAUUACAGUUUUUCAAAUAUUUUUCCUUGUUGGAUCUGGAAAAGGAAUUCUGCUUUGACCUACAUAGAAAAACAUGAUAUAGUUAAUCUUUGAGAAGUCCUUAGGUAAAAUAUUCAUCUAUUAGAAAGGAAGAAAAAGUCUUGAGAAGUGAAAAGCAUUAUCAACAAACACUAGUUUUGAACUGAACCCACCCCAGCAUAUCUCACAUGGAAUUUUUAAAAGUAAGUUAAUAAUUCAACAAAAGCCUUUGAAACAUGGAUUUUCAAUAGAUAUCCCCUAGUGCUAAGAUGAAAACCAAAACAAUAUCAGAUUGACAUUUACGCUCUAAAUUUGUAGUUGUCUAAUGUUGUACUUAGUAAAUGUGCAUCAUUAAUUCUGUAUUCUCCUAGCUAUUACAGAAAACUGUUCAAAUAAAGAUAUGGCUAUAAAG